AUCUUUCGCGCGCGGUGUUGUGCUCCUUUUACAGUAAAACAUGUCCAGGGCAAUUACCUUCGUGACCGGCAAUGUCAAGAAAUUAGAAGAAGUAGUACAUAUACUGGGUCCCUCGUUUUCACAGAAGUUUGUCACCUGUGACAUAGAUUUACCAGAAUAUCAAGGAGAACCAGAUGAUGUCACCAUUGCUAAGUGCAAGACAGCAGUGGAACAUGUCAAGGGGCCUGUCAUGAUCGAGGACACUUGCCUGUGUUUUAAUGCACUGGGUGGUCUACCUGGUCCAUACAUCAAGUGGUUCUUAAAGAAAUUGGGUCCUGCAGGUCUAUUCAAGCUUCUUAAUGGCUUUGAAGACAAAACAGCAUAUGCAUUAUGUACAUUUGCCUAUUCAACAGGAAACCCAGAUGAAAAAGUAAUGUUAUUUCAAGGUAAAACGGAGGGUAGGAUAGUAGAGCCACGUGGACCAAAUGACUUUGGCUGGGACCCUUGCUUCCAACCUGAUGGUUUUGAACAGACAUAUGCAGAGAUGAGCAAAGAUCAGAAGAAUUCUAUAUCACACAGAGGGAAGGCCCUUAGGUCUUUGAAAGACUAUUUUGCAGGUCAAACCAAUUCUACUUGAUGAUUAUGUAGCUAACACGGGCAGAUCCAGAGAUAUUUUCUGACAGUCCUUCAAAUUAUCUUUGUUGAUCCACCCUCCAUUUUUAACCGUCUUCUGACAGAAAAAAUUAGAUGCCCAUCAAUGUAAACUUGAAAAAUUCUGACCGUUUUCCAGAAGAAGACCUCUGUCCUCCCCUGCUUCAGAAUGUUAUACUUCAAAAAUUCAGGUGGUGAAUUAUAUAUGCAUAACUAGAUGUUGAUGAAUCAUGAAACAUUUCCUCUGAGCUUAAAGCUACUAGUGCUGAUUUGUCUUUACCCAGUAUUUGCUCUCCGUCACUGUUUCAGGAUUCACCUGUGUUGAAAAGCCUCAAGUCUGAACUCGAGGUUUUACUAUAGCUUUAUUUUAAAAUGCUGGUCCACUUAAAGAAAUUAAAGAACUAAUGAAUUCUUGUGCAAGAAAAUGCAAAUGAAUAGAGAUAGAAAUUGCCUAACUGUAGAAAUACAACUUACAUAACUGUUGAGUCCAACAGCUACAAUGUAGGUGAAAAAAUUUUGGUGAAGUACAACACAUUAAGUCUGUAGUUGGCACACUUGAAAAUAUGGGUGGGUGUAUGACAGCGUCACACCUAAGUACUCAAAAAAGUGCCGUUAGUAUAGUUAUGAGUAGUACCAUUAAUAUUUAUGACCCACCAAAAAUUAUAAAUUUAUUUAAGAACACUCACCUCUCAGAAACUAUUUAAGCAGUACAGAAAUUAGACUUAGUAGACUGAAACUCUGUGCAAAAUAUGGACGAAUGAAUGGCAAAAGAGAAAUACAGCUUUUUUUCUUGUGAAAUUAUUAUUGUUGGUGCUAUUUACAAACUAAGAAGAAUACAAAUGAAAUCCAUAAUAUUUGAUUCUACGACAAUUCCUCCCUGACAAUCCUCCCCCCCCCCCCCUCCAUAUCAAGAAUACACUGCUUUUGAAUUAUCAUUUUCAGGCAUUCAUACAUUUCUUGAAUAUUUUACUGAAAAUAAUAGAGGAGACAAAAUAUAAUAAAAAAACAAAGGUAUUGGCUAUUAAUUACAAGAUUCAGGAGGCUCACGCCUGAAUGAACCUGAGAGAUAACCUUAAUUAUAGAAUGCAAUACGCGCAAACUUUAAAAUUUUGAUUACAUAGUAUUUUUUAAUAAAAAAUAAUUCCAUUUUACCAUUGUUUUCUAAAAGCAAACACUUGCCAUUUUAUCCGCAUUUCAUUUGAUGUUUAGUAAAUUAUAAUAAUGAAACUAGAAAAAAAA